UGAGGCGGCCCGUCAUCGGCGGCUCUUCGUUGAGUUCAAGGCCACCUACCUGCGGCGUGACGACGGACGACGGAGUAAUGAGCGAGACUACUGAGUUAGAGUCACAUGAGGGGUUGCUACUGGAUGCGCUCAAGGCUAACAACUUUGAACUGGUUUUCGAGCUGCUCGAAAGCUUUCCAUAUUUACUGACGAAAUGUCUGGACGACAAGGGCUAUACGACUCUACACUAUGCCAGUAAACACGGCAAUUUUGAUGCCGUAAGCAGACUCCUGGCAGUUGUGUGAUAUAACUGAGGAGGUCCAACAGCUCUAUCAGCGGUCCCCCACUCCUGCCGAGGUGGCUAAGGAGAAUGGUCACUCGGAGCUGGAAAGCUUUCUAAUGGCUGUUUUUCCAAAAAGCGAUCCCGGUGACCCUGACGAUGAACUGGUCUCGAACGAAACACAGCAGGGAGGAGGAGGACCACAGUCAAAAGACCCUGCUGCGAGAGCAGUAGAAGUUGAUGCAGAGUUGGAUAUUACUGGGUUAGAGUCUCGUAGAGGGAGAGGUGGGGUGAGUGGCGUAAGGGGCAGUGGAGGAGGAGGUGUGGGAGGACUCUUUGCGAAUCUUCACGGCCUUCUUGGAGCUCUUCACGGAGCACUGGAAGGUGAGAGAGGUGAAGAGUUGCCGUCUCUCGACGAGCUAUCCAACCUCGCUUCUCAGGCUGGGCUGGAGCUUCCCUUCCUCCCUUUCUUGAGCAGCAGAGGAAGUGGGGGUGGGACUAGCAAUAGAGAGCGUGGUAGCAAGAGAGAAAGGCAGAGAGAGAGUGGCGUCACUCCUCUCCACCUGGCGUGUCUCGCCGGAGACGAGGCGAGGGUCAUUAGUCUAGUCAACGACGAAAACAUGGACAUCAACAAGAAGGACUUCAAGGGGCACACGCCGCUCAUGUGCGCGGCGCAGGAAGGUCACACUAAGAUAGUCCGGUUCCUUGUGUCUCGCAAUGAGUGUGAUGUUGAUGCCAGAAACAAUAUGGGAAUCACUGCCCUCCACUACGCAACAAAUUCCGGUCACAGCGACGUAGUCUCUAUCCUCCUCCAAGAAGGAAACUGCAACAGUAUGACGGUCGAUAAUGACGGCGAUAUUGCACUACACACAGCAGCUAUGAAGGGAUACACAGAUAUUGUCGAACUGCUUGCCGGGCAGAAUAAUUGCAAUCCAAUGCACGCUGAUCACAGGGGGCGAAAUGCUCUUCACUGUGCUUGUCAAGAGGGCCAUCUCCCCGUAAUCAAGCUGCUUGUCCUUGAAAAGGGAUGCGACCCAAAUGUUUUUGAAUCUGAUAGAAAAGUUAGCCCACUGCACUAUGCCGUUGUACAAGGUCACAUUAACGUAGUGGAGUUCCUUUGCCAGUUGGAGAAUGUGGAUACGGAGGCUGUAGAUAACCAAGGCCGAAACUGUGUGUUCAAAGCGUGCCAAAAUGGGCACACUGAUAUAGUCCGGUUUCUCAUAGAGAGGUGUAAUGGGAACUACACGCUGGGUGAUAGCGAAAACAUUGUGCCUUUUCACGUUGCGGCCUACGAAGGUUCUGUUGAGAUAGUCGAGUACCUUUCGCAGCGCCCAGGUAUCGAUAUUGAAAGCAAGAACAUAAAUGGAAGGACUGCACUGCAUUAUGCCUGUCAGGAAGGAAAGCUACCCGUAGUGAAGUGCCUGAUAGAAAAGUGUAAAAGCUGCAACAGGAAUUGCGUGGACAAGGAAAAUAUAGCACCACUUCACCUGGCCUCACAGAACGGGCACUCUGAGAUAGUAGAGUACCUCUGCUCAAACGAAUACGACUGCAGCGAUCCUAUGUGUAAAGAUAGCCGUGGUCGUACAGCGCUCCACUGCACAUCUCAGAUUGGUGAUGUUACCACUGCAAGGUACUUGGUCGAGAAGCAUCACUGCAGCCCAGCUACCCCAGAUAAAAGAGGAAUAACUCCAUUUGACCUGGCAGUUACUCUGGGGUGGUCGGAAUUAAGAAAUUUCUUUAAGAACCGCAUGUCCCCUGAGGACCGUGAAAGUAUGACGGAGAGGUUGCUGAAUGCAACUCUAAGCAGCUCUGUAGAUGCCCUGCAAGAAAAUCUCCCACUGGGGCUUGCUAAACGUGGACAGUUAGACAAGCUUAAGAAGUUGUCACCAAGAAAGGUAAAGAUUUUGUAGCACAACUCAAAGAAAGUAACGGUGAUACAAUUCUGCACGUUGCUGCUUUCGCAGACCAACUCAUCGUUGUUCGAUAUCUAGUGGAGGAAUGUCAUUGUAGUGAGACGUCACUUGGGCAAAAGGGGCAGACUCCAUUGCACAAUGCAGCGCACGAUGGGCACAAUCAGGUGGUGCAAUACCUUGCAGACCGAGCACCAAACAGUGUAAGUCUCCCCGACAGCAAUGGGCGAAUACCUCUCCACUAUGCAUCCCAGAAUGGGCAUUUUGUCGUAGCUGUGACUCUAGUGGACAGCUACCACAGUGAUCCAGUGGCAAAAGGCAAGGAGGGGGUCAGCCCCCUUCAUCUGGCUGCUGGGAAUGGGCACAUAAAGAUAGUCAAGUUCUUCAUUUCCCAGCACCACGCCGACACAAGUGUUACCGACAAUGAUGGUCAAACAGUACUCCACUCUGCAGCUCGAACGUCAAAUUUAGAACUAGUCCAGUACCUUGUGGAAGAGUGCGGCUGUGAUCCUAUGCAGCCUGAUACAGCGCAUGGUGUGACUUCACUUCACUUUGCCUGCUUGACGAAUCGUUUGGAGAUUGUACGGUACUUUUGCUCGCUAAAUUCAUGUAACCCAAAUGUGACGAACAAGGAAAGUAGAACUCCCCUACAUUUUGCAUGCCAAGAAGGUCAUUUAGAGGUGGUCAAAUUCUUAGUGGAAGAGAAAAGCUGUUGUGCUGAUCCCACAGACAAGAACUCUAUAACACCACUCCACCUUGCGGCAUUCAAUCUGAAAGCAGACGUAGUACGUUACCUGGCCAAGCUGGAUUCGGUCAAUCCCGAAGGUAAAGACAACAAAGGUCGCACGGCCCUCCACCGUUCCAGUCAGCGUGGCUCUCUAGAGAUUGUGAAGUUUCUUGUGGACGAAUGUAACUCCGACGUAAUGUGUAGAGAUAAAUCUCAUGAUGUUCUUUCAAUCCAUCUUGCCGCCAACAAUGGCCACACUGAUAUCGUCAGGUAUUUGUGCAAUGAAAGAGGGUGCCCCGUAAAUGCUCAAGACCGACACAAGCGCACUCCGCUUCACUAUGCUGCAAUGGGGGAUCACAUAGGGGCAGUCGAGUAUCUUGUCGUCGAAAAGAAGGCCGAUUUGUCAAUCAAAGAUGAGGGCGAUAUGACCGCCUUUGAACUGGCAGUGGUGAAACGUUCCAAAAGGGUCGCAGAAUUUCUUCAAAAGCAAGGCUGUUCAGAGGGGAAAUCAACUGGUAUGUUCUCUGAACUUCUGAAAAAUAUUGUUGGAUUAGGAGGCGAUGUGAAAGAUCUUCGAAUUCUCCAUCUUGCAUCGGGUGGAGAUCUCGCUGGACUCAAGAAUGCUUACUCCAGUUGCACUGGGAGGCCGGGAGUGGUGGGCGAGAAUGGGGAGACACCUCUCCAUCUUGCUAGCCUGGGAGGCCAUUUAGAGGUUGUCAAAUACCUCAUGACAGAACAAGGCUCGAGCAGCCUGAACGCGACUGAUCGGCAGAAGCGGACACCAGUGCAUUGUGCAGCACAUGAAGGUCACACCAACAUACUCCGCUACUUUCUAGGCAGAGGCGAUUGCGAUUUUCGUGUGGGCGAUGAAAAUGGACGAAACCUACUUCACUUUGCUGCCCAGAACGGUCAUUUGACAACAGUUGUGUUCCUUGUCGAAGAAGCGAAAUGUAACUGUAUGCUUGAAGACGAAGAGAGGACAAUUCCUCUUCAUUUGGCUGCUUUUAACGGACACCUAGCCAUUGUAAAGUACCUAGCCAAUCAGAAAAACUGUGAUCCAAACUACCCGGACGACAAAGGCCGAACUGCACUUCACUGUGCAAGUCAGGAAGGCUACCUCGAAAUAGUGGUCUUUCUCGUAAGCGAGUGCAACGCUGACCCCAUGACAGUUGAUUUCGCUAGUGUGUUCACGUCCCUUCACUUUGCUACAGCAAAGGGACACACGGAAAUAGUGCACUACUUUUGCUCACUCGAUUCCUGCAGUGUGGAGGUCAAAGACAAUGAAGGACGAACUCCUAUGCACCAGGCAGUCCAGAAGGACCAGCUUGCAGUUGUCAAAAUGUUGGCAGAGGAGUUUCAUGCCGAUUGUUCCCCUCGCGAUGAGAAGGGCAUCAGACCGCUUCACAUGGCUGCGUUCAAUGGGAACAAGGCAAUAGUGGAAUACUUGCUCGAGCGACCCGGUCUAAACCGCCAGGCUAAGGACAGUAGUGGCCGUACAGCACUCCACUGUGCUAGUCAGCAAGGCCAUUUUCCUGUCGUAGAGACUCUAGUCUCGCGAUACGAUUUCAAUUGCACCGAAAAGGACACGUCUUUCAGUGUCACACCUCUCCACCUUGCUGCGGCUUCGGGGCAUCUUAGCAUCGUCAAAUUCUUCUGCUCCCUUGUUGACCCAGAAGGAGUCGACCCAGAAGUAGUUGACCGAAAGAAACGCACACCGCUACACUAUGCCUGCCAAGAGAGUGCAGUUGAAGUCGUGAAAUUCCUAGUGGAGGAAAAGAAGUGUAGUUUGACUGCAGAAGACGAAAUGGGACUCACUCCAAUGCAGCUGGGGAGUGUAGUCGGAACCCCCGAACUAGUUUCGUACCUCAGUCAAAAAGGAGGCUCUUCUAAGGGAGGAAACCCACUGGAAGCUCUCGGCGGGCUAGCUGGUACCCUGGAAUCUAUGAUUGGCGAUAAGAAGUCGUUUGCACCUCGAAUGCUGGCCAUCAAGGGAGACUUGCCGAGAUUGAAGCUGGCUCUCGCACAGGCUGGGCCCGAUGCGGUGAAAAUGCUGGGGGGACAGGGCGAAACCAUUCUUCACAAUGCUGCUUUUGCUGGGCACCUUGAUAUUGUCAAGUACCUUGUGACAGAAUGUAACGCUGACAUGUGUGCUCGAGACAAUGAGGGACACAGUCCCAUACAUAAUGCUGCUCACGAGGGUUUUGUCGAAAUCUUGAAAUUUCUCUCGUCCCGACCCGGUUUUGAUGCUAAUCUGAAGGAUAGGCACAGUCGUAUGCCUCUUCACUAUGCCAGCCAGAACGGGCACGUAGAGGUUGUUCGCUACCUUCUAACAGAGUGUCAGUGCAGCUGUAUGGCAACUGAUAACAACGGAGUGUUUCCCCUUCAGCUAGCCGCUGGUAAAGGCCACUUGGGGAUCAUGAAACUAAUGCUUUCAAUACCGGGCGCAAGUGUCAAUCAGCCUGACAAGAGUGGCCGCACGGCAGUGCAUGUUGUGUGUCAGGAAGGUCACCUCGACACUCUGCGAGAGAUGGUUAUGAACCACCAGGGAGACAUUACCAAGCAUGACAUAACCCACGGAGUUACGCCACUGCAUCUGGCAGCCAAUGGUGGCUACAUCCAUGUUGUCAAAUUCCUCUGCUCCCUUCCAAAUUGUGAUCCCAAUGUGAAAGAUAAACACGGACGAACCCCUCUCCACUACGCUGCUCAAGACGGCCAACUCACCGUAGUCAGGUACCUGGUCGAGAAUCACAACUGUAACGUAGCCAGCAAAGACUUGCAAGGCAUCACACCCACUGCAGUUGCCAGCAUAGCAGGCAAAUUGAAUGUAGUGAGGUACCUCAAUACACGUGGCUCGCCCGUCCCCGAAGGAGAUGAAGUAAGUGGAGAAUCGAACGCCGAGCUAAACAGCAUCAUAGUCAAUGCCCUUGCCUCUAGGGGAGACCUUGCAGAACUAAAGCUAACCAUGGAAAAUCUUGGCAGUGGUUUCAUGCCUAAGGGUCCACUGGGAGAGACGCCGUUGCAUCUUUCUGCUCAUGGUGGCCACUUGGACGUGGUGAAAUACCUCAUCGACGAAAAAGGAUGCGAUGUCAAUUUGCUUGACUCUGCAAACCACACCGCCUUGCACUGCGCUGCAAAUCAAGGGCACCUGGAGGUACUGCAGUUUCUCCUGCAAAAGAGCAACAUUAGACUUGAUACAGCAGAUGAGAACGGGCGGACUGCUCUGCACAUGGCCACUCAACACGGAAGCCUCGGUAUGGUCUCUGCACUGGUUGCCAAAAGCUCCGAGAGUGUCUUUAUCAAGGACAGUGAAGGCACGACUCCACUCCAAAUCGCCUGCUACUGCGGACACGUAGAAGUGGCCAAGUUACUCGUUUCAAAAGAAAGUGAUCCAGAAACAAAUGACAACGACGGCCGAACCUCCCUGCACUGUGCCAGCCAGCAAGGCCACUUUCCAGUCGUCACCUACUUGGUGGAAGAUUGCAAGUGCAACUGUGCAGUUAAAGACUUCGAAAAGGGCAUCACUCCACUCCAUCUUGCAGCAAGCAACGGCCACACGCAGAUCGUGAAAUUUCUCUGCAACCAGAAGAACUGUGACCCAGAAACAAAGGAUUUAUACGGAAGAACCGCUCUCCAUUAUGCCUGUCAAUCGGACUACAUUGACAUUGUCAGAUAUUUGGUCUUGGAACAAGAGUGUAACUGUGAUCUGAAGGACAAACAAGGCACCACUCCAAUACAGCUGGCCGCUGUUGCCAGUUCGACCCAAGUUGUGAAAUUCUUCAAGGACAACAACUACGCGGUUUCGCUUCCGGAAGAGUUGGAGCAUCUGCAGGGUGCAGGACGUUGGCUGCAGAGUAUGGUCAGUAGUGGUUCAAAGGACACAAUCACCGUUAGAAGACACGUCAUAGAUGGGGACUUGGCGAAAGUCAGAGCUGCCCUCCAAGCUAAUCCUUCCCUUCUGCACACACUAGGCGCACAGAAUGAAACUCUUCUGCACAACGCAAGCUUUGCCGGUCACUUCGAGAUUGUUAAAAUGCUCGUGGAAGAGUUCAACAGCGACGUCAACCUUCAAGAUGAAGAUGGACAUACACCUCUUCACAAUUCUGCCCAUGAGGGGUACACACCUGUGGUAGAACUAUUGGCCAGCCAACCAGGCUGCAACGUCAAUGUCUGUGACAAAAACGGUCGCAUUCCUCUCCACUUCGCCGCUCAAAAUGGCCACGUUGCGUGCGUCAGAAUACUAGUGUUGAGGUUUCACAGCAACGUAAUGGCUUGUGACAAGCGGAGGGUCACACCACUUCACUUGGCUUCCGAGAGUGGAAACACUGAAAUAUUGAAGUUUCUGAUACAAGAGGGAAAAGCAGACCCUAAACAGAUUGACGUGAGCGGCAGAAACGCCCUUCAUUCGGCGAGUCAGCAAGGCUUCUCAAGCAUAGUAGAAUUUCUGAUCGACGAGUGCAAAAUGAAAUCCAACACUCCCGACGUAUCUCAUCGAGUGACCCCUCUCCAUUUGGCAGCCAACAACGGAAAGUUGGAAGUUUGCAAGUUUCUGUGUUCGCAGCCCGACUGUAUCCCGGAACCCAAAGACAAGCACGGUCGCACACCUCUUCACUACGCCUGUCAGGAGGGCUACACACGAGUAGUGAAGUAUCUAGUGUCUGAACACGGCUGCAACCCGUUGAAAGAAGACAACAAUGGAAUCACCCCCUACCAUCUAGCCACUGCCAAAGGACAUUCGGAGAUUGUGAAUUUCGUGAAGUUGCAACACAGCGAGUUGCCUUCACCCUCUGCAGAGAGCAUAGGCAACCUGCGCGGUGGGGAAUGGCUCACGACUGCUAUGCACCAGAACGCAGCUAGUCUGACUGUCAGAAUGAUGGCAGUUGAGGGAAGGCUUCAGCAAAUCAAAGAGGCAGUGGCACAGAACGGUACGCAGGUUCUCUCGCAGAAGGGACCGCAGGGAGAGACUGUUCUUCACAACGCCAGCUUUGCCGGGCACCUCAAUGUCGUCAGAUACCUCACGCUGGACGGUCAAUGUGAUAUCAAUGAUAAAGAUGAUGACGGACACACGCCUGUCCAUAAUGCAGCUCACGAAGGGCAUACUGAAGUUGUCGACUUCUUACUAUCCCAGAAUGACUGUAAUCCUAACGUGAAAGACAACAACGGCAGAGAGCCAAUUCAUUACGCUGCUCAGAAUGGACAUCCUGAAGUAGUAAAACUACUGCUGGACAGAGGAGGGACCAGUGUUCAUGCAAAGGACGAAAAGGGCUCCACUGCAAUGCAUCUUGCUGCAUUUGCUGGUCACUGCAGCAUCGUAAAGUUUCUAGCACAGAGAGAAGGUACAGAUGUGGACGACGUAGAUAAGAAUGGUCGCACGGCCAUGCACUGCGCCUGCCAGGAAGGCCAUUUCGACGUCGUGAAAUUUCUGGUACUCGAGUGCAAAGCCAGCUGCAUUUGUGUUGACAAUGAGCACUCAGUUAUGCCCCUGCACCUGGCAGCUAAUAACAACCACCUGGAGAUAGUGAAAUUCCUUUGCUCCCAACCAGGUGUCGAUCCCAAUGUUGCUGAUUCGCACAAACGCACCCCAGUUCACUACGCUGCCAUCGAAGGCUACGCUGACAUCAUCCGCUUUCUCGUUGAGCAGAAAGAUUGCCUUGUGGAUGCCACUGACCAGCUUGGUUUGACGCCUCUUGAUGUAGCGUCUCUCAAAGACCAUAAGGAGGUAAUGAACUUUCUCCGGGCUGCCUCAAAAGAUGGGCCUAGUCAAGAGCCAAAAGUACCCAGCUUGAGUGAACUGUUUGAAUCAGGUUCAGAGUGGCUCAAGGGAGCAAUGGAAGGAAAUCUCUCCAACCUCGAGCUACGAAAACACGCCGUCGAUGGAAACCUUGAAGCUUUCAAGAAAGCUCUGCAGAAGUCCAAAGAUCUCGAUAUUCAAACUGCGAAAGGUCCCGAGGGGGAAACGAUUCUGCACAACGCUGCAUCUUCGGGCCACCUCAACAUCGUGGAGUACCUGAUCGACGAGUGGAAAUGUGAUGUAAAUUUCAAAGACAACGACGGGCACACUCCUCUUCACGUUUCGGCCCACGACGGUUACCUGGAGGUGGUGAAGUACAUUGCAUCGCAGGAAGGGUGUUGCAUUGAUGCACUUGACAAGCACCAGCGGAUGCCCCUCCACUACGCUGCACAGAAUGGACAUCCAACUGUUGUUCGUUACCUCGUGCAAGAACACGGCGCAAAACCCAUGGCCGAAGACGUGAAGGGUGUUACGCCUUUCCAGCUCGCUGCCGAAGCAGGUCACUCUGACAUAGUCAAAUGGUUUGGUUCUCUGAAUGAAGUGAGGCCUCUACACAAGAACAAAGUAGGUCGGACUGCACUACACUCUGCCUGCCAAAAUGGAUACUUGGAGAUAGUUAGGUAUCUCGUGGAAGAGUGUAGGGCUGAUCCGAUGGAUCAAGACAAAGCAAACCAUGUUAAUUCCGUUCACCUUGCAGCCGGGAAUGGCGCAUUUGAGAUCAUCACCUUUUUUGCUUCCCUCGGGGAAAAGUGUAACUUUGAAGCAACGUCGGGCAAUGGGCGCACAGCUCUUCACCAAGCCAGUCAAAAUGGACAUUUUCCAAUUGUCCAGUACCUCGUUUGCCAACAAAAAUGCCCAAUUAUGUGCCGAGAUGAGCAGAACAUAACCCCUCUCCACCUGGCCGCAUUCAACGGCCACAAAGAUAUCAUCGUCUUCUUCAUGGGUCGAGGGGAAAACAUCGACCCUGCACACAGGGACGGGAGCGGGAGGACCUCGCUUCACAACGCUUGCCAGCAAGGAAAACUCGAGGUCGUCAAGCUACUGGUUGACGAAUACGGCAUGGAUAUUUCCGACCCUGACAAGUCGCACGGCGUCACCCCUCUUCACUUGAGCGCCUCGGCAGGUCACCUGGAGAUUGUCGAAUUCCUUGUCUCAAAAAACCCCAAGCAAGAUGCCGAGGAUGAACACAGGCGAACACCCCUCCACUAUGCCUGCCAGAAUGGGCACAUGGAGGUGGCAAGAUAUCUCUACGAGAAGUGUAAGUGUGACAAGGCAGCUAAGGACGGAAACGGUAUAACACCCGAACACUUGGCUACAAUGAACGGACACACCCAGAUUGUCCGGAUGCUAAACGGCGAGGCAGCAGGGGGCGGCCCAAGAGAAGAUCAAAGCGCACAGGCGGCAGCUCUCCUGAGGAUGUUUGCAGAAGCUCAAGGUGGUGAAGAUGGCAGCGGAGGUAUGCCACAGCAGUGCCUUCAACAGUAAUACUGAACUAACAGUGUGUAUGUAGUACCACUAUAAUUAAAGUAUAGUUUUGUCUCAAAAUCCAGUACGUUUUUGUGCAAAUCUUGUAUCUUUUACUAAUCUAGCUGUAUGCCUUAUUAUGUAGUUUUGUUUUCGAGGACCAGCUUGGUUGUAGUGUUUAAUGUUUAUAUAUUAUAUAUAAUUAUAUAUACACAAACUGAACAGUAAUAAAAUUUGCAAAAUAUUAUGUGAGUAUACAUAGGUGAA